UAGUCAAAGAGAGACUACAGGCACGAUCUCUGCAGAACAAUCAAACUUCAAACUGGAGAUGAGGAAAAUCUUCAAAAGAAAGACUAAGCUUAAAAGGGAUGAGAGCAGGCGGCUUUUGGUAGAGAGCAACAACAAUAAUCUACAAGAAGGUCAUGAUCUGGUACAGCAUGCAUACAACAACCCAUCGGUACAGAACUGUGUCAGUGCCAACGAGGAACAACUCUGCCAGAGUUUGGAGAUGAUCACACCCGAGAGGCUAGCUGAAAUUCUUGGUGUGGCCCCUGAAGGAACCACCUCUGUGGAUGGAUCUUGUUGCUUAUAUCCACCUGAGUCAAACUCAGGACAGCAGACAUUUGUCCUUCUCAUACAACAAUCGGUGUCCCAACGCUUCCCUACGCCACCGACAGAUCUGAACGAGAACCUUCCUCUGCAUCUAGAUAUUGUACAGGAAACUGUGCACAAUGAGCUGGCGAAGCUGCACCCCCUAUUGAAUAGCAUGGGGCUGACAGGAUGUCUCAUUGAUUGCUAUCUUCAUCAGAUGUUUGAGCACCUUGAUUAUAUUCUCCAGAACAUCAGAUCCACCAAGAGUGCCUUUGUGCUGAUGAAGUGGGUUGUGAACUCAUGUCUAAGUCCGGAAUUCCUCGGCCUUCAAGAACUGGAUCCAGUAAAAAGAAUCGAUCCCCUGCAGUUCUCAGAAUGGGUAAUCCAGGCAAAGAACAAGCUACUUGAAAAUGUACAGAAAGAUGUCAAACAGUUCCUGGAGAAAAUUCUGCGAAAUGAGAGAAACCAAGAUGGACGUGAUACAGAUGAAGCUUAUGUUCAGCUUUAUGUAGACACUGUUGGGUGUAUAAAGGACUUGCCCAAAGCCGCACAAGAAAUCAGCUCAGAACUGUCUCAGUGUGUACAGGAGAUUUGUUACACAGAGCUGCUGGGGUUUCUGGAGAGGUACACUGCUGAGCAGACUGAGUUCCUGAGCAAAGAAGCCAAAAUGGACAAGCCAAACAUGUGGCACUUCUUCAAGACUUUAAACACCUGCAAAGAACUAAAGAUGCAUGUCCAGGAAAAAAGUACAGCCAUCCAAAGAUCUCUUCUCCAGGAAACUGUGGAAAUGCUUGGAAAUAUGGAGGAUUUCACUUUGAAACUUAUAAUGGAAAUCAUUGCUGACCUUGCAGAGAGACACCUUAAGAAUUACUUCAAAGCUGACAACAAGCGAUUCUUCCUGAUCCGUGCACUGAGAGAGUAUUUCCCGAAGACACAGCGCACUGAAGACAUACAAAAGAGAGUGCUGGAUGAGGCCUAUAAGCUCAUCGCUCACAUUUACCUCGUACAUCUCCUCCAAAACAGCCGGAGCAAACUGCAGAAGCGCUGGAGUCUUGAUCUUGGACAAACUGUUGCUGAAGAUGCUAAGCUACUUCACAACACCAUGGCAGAGCUGGCCCCUGGUGUCCAGCAGUGGAACCUCAUGCUUCUUAAAGUUGCAGAGCUGUUGGGGUGCAACGACAUUGAUGCAAUGAAGCUAAUAGUUGCAACCAUGCAGAGGAAUUCUCAAAUCUGGAGUGAGGACCUGGAUCUUCUGCCCACACUUCUGUGCUGGAAGGGGCUUCCUAGAUGGCAGGUUAGGGAGGUAUUGGAUGCAGUUGAUGCAAAUCAACCCAAGCCUGUGUCCUGUUUCUCCAUUUUGAAGUGCUGGUGAAGGCUGAGCUGCUCUACAGUCACCUACGACAAGCACCAAAGGACAGAGCUGAUGUCCACUCCAUUAAAGACGCUGCCUCUAUUUCUAUACUCAAAAGCUAGAAAUAAAUGUAUAGAAAAGCACUUCUGUGGAUUUUUACACGCUUUGACACAGAUGCACUACAGUUGGGCUUAUAUUUAAGGCCUUUUUUGUGUCUGUUACUGUAAAAAUCAUCUAUUUCAGUUCAUGCCGUGGUCUUCUUAGGUGGUGCCACAAGCAAAACCAAGUGCACUUACUUGUUUACUGUAACUUCAUCCUUGUUUAGCCUUAAAAAAAGGUGGACUCACACUUUUUUUUUAGAUCAGAUGUGUUUACUUUUUCAUUUGGGUGGAUUAUGCUUGAAGAAAACAGCGCAAUGUUUUAACAAGAAUGUUUAGUCUCGUGCAUUUUUAACUAGAUUGUUGCUCUAAGGGAAGAUCAUUUCAUUUAGCUCUGAUGAUAAAAAAAAAGUCAAGCACACAUAAUUCAAAGGCACUAUAUUGAAUAGAAGUGUGUACAUUUUGCUCUUCUUCUACUUCAGCACUUCUAAAGCUUGUUUUUGUCUACUUUUAGUUUACAUUGUCACAUAUUUUGUGCGCUAGAGACACUUAAAGUUAGCUUCACUGAGCUAAUGAAGAUGCACUAUUUCGAAAUUUUUAUGUUCAUAUUGAAAUGUUAUUUAUGACUUUAUUUAUUUUAUUUAUGAAUAUAUAGGAUAUUUAGAAGCCCUCCCCAACACUGCAUCAACAACCUUCACUGUCAAUGCUCAGAUUCUGCUGUUAAAGCUCAGAAAUGCCUCUGCUUAAAAGCUUCUACUUCAACUAUAGACACUCUGUUUGAUCAUAGGAUGUUUUGAUUUUUCAGGUGUGAUAUAACCUUUCUGUGAGAUAUAUUUUCAGCCUUCUUUUACCACUGAUUGUACUUUUAUAACCUACUGAGAUUACAGAGGCUGCUAUUGUCCACGCUGUACUC